AAAAUCUAUGCCGUGUCACGUUGCCAUGGAGACCAUGUUUGUUUUCUUCCCCCACAAAGCACAACCUUCCCCCUCACACCAAGUGAAAGGUUGUGCUUUAAAGUUUGUAUAGAAGCGUUUAUGAAGGAAGACUGGGAACCAGUGUGGCUUGUCGAUGAGCAGACAGAGGUUUUCUAAGGCGGGUUAACAGCAGAGACCAGCUAACCUGCCUGUUCGCCCUGUUUACAGGCUCUCAGGGACGCCAGAAUGAGCUGCGCGGUGGCAAAGGGCCGUCUGCAGGUCCUCCAGAUCUACCGCCUGCUGCAGUGGAUCCACAAAGGAGAGAAGGAUGAGAUCCAGAAGAUGGUGAAGCUUGGGGUGAAGAACCUCAUCAACCUCACCGAGCCACAGGAAGGCCUGGGGGUGCUCCACCUGGCGGUUUCAGCCAACAAUAGCGACCUUGUUGAGUUUCUCCUCUCCCUUGGAGCACAUCCCGACGUCCAAGACAAGAUGGGCCGCACGCCCGCCAUGCUAGCUGCCGAGCUGGGGAAUGAGGACAUUUUAUCGCUGCUGUUCCAGAAACAGCCUGACAUGAAACUAGUGGACAUAAAGGGCAAAGGCGUGCUGUUCUACUGCAGCUACCCCACCACUCGCCACUCCCGCUGCCUAGAAAUGGCACUGAAGAACGGGGCCGAUCCCAACAACAUCUCUUGUAGCGGGGUUCACGUUCUUAGCAUGAUGUGUGAGAAAGCCCAUGAGUGCACCCCCUUGUGCCUCACCCUGCUGGAUGAAGGUGCAGACCCCAACGCGGCAAAUGAGACAAAGGGUGUGACGGCGCUAAUGGAGGCUGCCAAGACGGGCUCCCUGCCAGUUGUUCAGCAAAUCCUCAGGAGAGGUGGAAACCCGAACACCCUGGACCAAAACGGCUUCAACGCAGUACACUACGCCGCCCUGAGUGGCUGUUUUGAGGUAAUCAUGGUGCUGUCAGGAUUUGCAGCAGAUAUGAAUGUGAUUAACAUGGACAACUGUACGCCCUUACACUACGCCGCUGCCGCAGGCAAUGCCCUGUCCUGCAAGUUCCUUGCUCAGAGAGGUUGUAACCCCAAAGUGAAGAACAAGGAAGGUUUGCUGGCACGUCAGAUUGCCAAAGACUCUGGACUCAAGGCAGCGAUCAAGGAGCUGAAAAAAGCAGAAAGGGCAUUUGGGAAAAGCAAAAAACCCACUGGUGGCAGCAUGAUGUCAGAUCUCUGGRCCCUGACCCUUCACGAUUGGUCAAACGAGUACGAGGCUGAAUUAGUGGAAGCCUUCAAGGACCAAUUUGGCAAUGCUGACUUAGACACCUUCAUGUCCGUGUUAGAGGACCUGGGCGCUCCGGUUGAACCAGACCAACUCGAGAUGGUCUUCUCAGCACACAGCAAGAAGGGAGAGGGCCUGAUCAACGUGAAUGACUUCAUCAAAGGCACCAAGUACAUCAAGAAAGCCUUCCGUCUCACUGGGUACACAACUCAGAAGAAAAAGAAAGAAAAGGGGGCUAAGAAGAAGAAGAAGAAAGGCCCGUUUGUCCUCCCCAUACCCAUUUGCACCCUCGUGCCGGAGCUCAAGCCCCGACGGCCCGACGGCGGCCCGCCUUAUUUCAUGAUUGAGAAGUACCACAACUUGACAGACGUUCGCCGCUUUGACAACGAGCACCCGCCACUUCAUCCCAUAGUCAAUGACUCGUGGUGGUACAUAGAGAAGCCAAACAAAGUUUACAUCAACAUCAACUACUGUGUGAGGAACGGAGAUUUGGAGUCUCUGGACCUCGCCUUCAACGAUGGAGUACCUGUGGACGCUCAGGAUGAAUUUUACAAGACCCCGCUGAUGGAGGCAUGCAUCAGCGGCAACUGCGAGUUGGUCCAGUACCUUCUAGAAAAGGGGGCUGAAGUGAGCAUGUGUGACCAGUUCUUCUGGACGCCCCUCCACCACGCGGCCAACGGGGGGUACUUGGAAAUUGUGGAGCUUUUGGUGAAUGCCGGGGCCGACGUCAACGCAAAGGCCAUCAACGACGGCACGCCGCUCAUGAGAGCCAUCGAGAGCUCCAGCUUCUCAUGUGUGGAAUUCCUCAUCAACGCCGGGGCCAAAGUCUAUUCAGAGACUAAGAAAGGAGUAACCUGCCUUGAUAUGGCCAGACACUUUGGAGAAACCAGCAUAGAGAGCCUGGUUCAGGAAAAGGUGAACGCGCUGCCGGACCCCAAAAAAGCAAAACCUAAACCUGGUAAAAAGAAGGUGGCUAUUGCAAGGGAUGCUGUGCAUAGCAAGACGAUGACUGGGACAUCAGGGAGGACGCCCACACAGAUGAUCUCCAAAAGCAUCAUCCUCCAUAACACCAGGAUCACCACAGGAAAAACUAACACAGAGGAUAUUAGCUUUGUGCCAAAAAYCGUUUGGGGUGAACCGCCCACCACCAGCCAGCUGAUGWCAAACAUAGCGAGACGAAAGGGUCGCAUAACCCUGGAGGUGGACUUUGACGACUUGUUGAUCCCUUUCAGUCAGCGCUUCCAGAGAAGGAUCCUGGAGAUAACCAAGCCAAAGACCACACUGGAGGAAAGCCAGAGACAGAGACAAGUGUCCUAAUUAUGUUACUCUGCUUUUGUUGUCAUCAUCGUUGCCUUUUUAUUAUUAUUAUUUUUGACAGCUGAUAUGAAAAACGACAUUCAGCACAUGUCCAUCCCUGGGGCUGUGGGAUUUUUAUCAACAACUGAAUUACAUAUAAAGCCAUGCAGAUAAUGAGAAUGUGAGUAAUCAAGUGGAAAUAAAAGGUUCUUUCCUCYURUGGUUCUUUGUCUAAAACGAA